AUGGGAGAGCACGCCUGAGCGCUCUCUCUCUCUACUCACUUACACUCGGGCAGCCUGCUGUAUCACUGCCUCUCCCGUUACACGGAAGGUCCCUUGGAGCUGAUCUGUGAUCCCUCACACACACACAGCCCCCUCGGAGUUCCUGUUUCCGCCAAAUACUGCCUGACGCGAUCAAACACCAGUGGAUCCUCCGUCUAAUGUGCAUAUUCACAUACACAGAAAACAUCCUUCAACCAAACGGGGAAAGAAAGCGACCUCGAGUAGCCGAGCGGAGCCCGGAGCCUCCCUGACCCGGAGUGGCAGGGUUACUAACGACUGUGUCCUGGCGAUAGAUUUUCAAAUCCUGAAGACUCUGGGUCAAUCCUUGAGGCAUUGCAACUUUAAACAAGUCGCUUCGGUAUUCUGUGAAGGAUUAUCGAUUUCAGAAGCAGCAUCCUUUGUCAGGCCAUUGAUUUGAUGACAGCAAAUGAAGAGAAUGUGAAAAGAAAUGAUUUGAGCCAGCGGUGUGAGUCUGAAACUAUUUCUUCUUCACCUGAUCAUCUGACGUUAAGUCAAGGAACAACUGGUCUGCCUGGAGUAGUCUUGUACGUUUGGUGUUUGAAGAUAAGAAAAUACCCCAAGACAAAAGGAAAUUGACAGUCCAGCCUUGGCAGAAAAGCUGCAGCUUAGUUUUCCUCGCAGCUGUGUGGAGUGUCGAAAUGAGAGGUUUUUAAUCAGUGAAUUUGCUGGUUGUCACAUCAAGGGGAAGGUUCAUCUGGAGGAAGAGAAGCAGCGUCCAAGAAAUUUCAGGAGCUGUGAGAAUUCCUGGCACAAUGCGUUGAGGGAAAGAAAGGCAUAUACUCAUUCAGCUCUGCACAGAUCCUGAAAGCAUGGCUGUUUUUGACCUGUGAGUGGCUACUGAGCACCGGACCAGCUGAAGAUGCGGCCAUGGACUGGCUCCUGGCGAUGGAUUAUGUUAAUCCUUCUUGCCUGGGGGACUUUGCUGUUCUACAUCGGUGGGCAUCUCGUGAGAGACAGCGACCAACCAGAUCGCUCCAGCAGAGAACUGUCCAAGAUACUUGCAAAGCUUGAGCGUUUGAAACAACAAAAUGAAGAUUUGCGGCGGAUGGCUGAGUCACUGAGAAUUCCUGAAGGCCCUGUUGACCAGGGGCCUGCUGCUGCUGGAAGAGUGCGUGAAUUAGAAGAACAACUGAUUAAGGCCAAAGAGCAGAUAGAAAUCUGUAAGAAGCAACCAGGCAAUGCAGGUCCUGGGAGAGAGCAUGAGGAGCUGAGACGCAAGAUUGAGAAUGGAGUGAAGGAGCUGUGGUUCUUUGUACAGAGUGAAGUGAAGAAGGUGAAGCACCUGCAGGGUGAAGAAGCACAGAAACAUGCAGAUGCUUUGCUUGAAAACCUCGGCCACCAGCAGAGGUCUAUUAUGACUGAUGUGUACUACCUCAGUCAAACAGACGGAGCUGAUAAAUGGAGAGAGAAAGAGGCCAAGGAUCUGACAGAUCUAGUUCAGCGGAGAAUAACAUACCUGCAGAACCCCAAAGACUGCAGCAAAGCCAAGAAACUGGUUUGUAACAUUAACAAGGGCUGUGGCUACGGCUGCCAACUACAUCAUGUCGUCUACUGCUUUAUGAUUGCAUAUGGCACCCGACGCACACUCAUCCUGGAAUCUCAGAACUGGCGCUAUUCCACUGGGGGAUGGGAGACUGUCUUCAAGCCAGUUAGUGAAACCUGCACGGACAGAUCUGGCACCACCACUGGCCAUUGGUCAGGUGAGACCAAUGAUAAAAAUGUACAAGUGGUGGAACUGCCAAUCGUCGACAGCCUGCACCCGCGACCACCAUAUCUGCCCUUGGCUAUUCCUGAAGACCUGGCAGGUCGACUCACUCACCUACAUGGAGAUCCGUCGGUCUGGUGGGUUUCACAGUUUGUCAAAUAUUUGAUACGUCCGCAAGCUUGGCUGGAGAAGGAAAUUGAAGAGGCAACAAGAAAGCUUGGCUUCAGGCAUCCAAUUAUUGGCAUUCAUGUACGUCGCACAGAUAAAGUUGGAACUGAGGCAGCGUAUCAUCCUAUUGAAGAAUACAUGGUACACGUGGAGGAACACUAUAAAUUUCUCACUCGCAAGACAGAAAUUGAUAAAAAACGAGUUUACCUCGCCACAGACGAUCCAACUCUGCUACAGGAAGCUAAGUCAAAAUACCCAGAUUACGAAUUCAUCAGUGAUAAUUCAAUCUCAUGGUCAGCCGGUCUGCAUAACAGAUACACAGAGAAUUCGCUGCGAGGUGUGAUUCUGGACAUCCAUUUUCUCUCUCAGGCAGACUUCUUAGUCUGUACCUUCUCAUCACAGGUUUGUCGAGUGGCCUAUGAGAUAAUGCAGACGUUACACCCGGAUGCUUCGGCGAAUUUCCGUUCUCUGGAUGACAUCUAUUACUUUGGUGGGCAAAAUGCACACAAUCAGAUUGCAAUUUACCCUCACAACCCACAGACUCCAGAAGAAAUUGUAUUGGAGCCGGGAGAUCUGAUUGGUGUAGCGGGCAACCAUUGGGAUGGUUAUUCCAAAGGUAUCAAUCGAAGGAAUGGACGAACAGGACUGUACCCGUCUUACAAAGUGAAGGAAAAUAUUGAGACUAUUAAGUACCCAACCUACCCAGAGGCUGACAAUGAGAAGCCACAGUAACUGCAAAGACACUCCACAGCCUCAGUGAAUGUAUCUUGCCAUAGAUCUGAAAUCCAGCCAACUUGUCAUUCAAAACUCUAUGGUCUCCACAGAUGCAUCUGUCUCCCUCCAUUGUCCUGCUGUUGAUCGUGUUUGGUUGUCUGCCAUUAAUUCACUGCAAUCCACAGUGACUGACACUGCGCCAUUGUGCAGGUUAGAGCAUGAGCAAAUGUGUGUUCAAUCAUGGUGCCUAACACUUUUUGACCUUUUAAACCUUCUGAAAGAACCACGUCCAGCAUUAGUACUGAGGUGUUCUGACCUACAAACAGAGGUUUGAUCACAAAGACUUAACCUAUUCCAUGGCCUGUCUGAAGUUCUCACGAGAAGUGAUAGAGUACAUUUUCUCCUUUCAAGAGUAGACAAAGGGAGGAAGAGUUCGAAUGAUCCAGCGCACAUCCUCAUUUCACAGAUUUUUGUAAAAGCAAGAUCAUGGACUGAAACUUUAAUACAUGACGUUUCCAGACAUUGUCUUUGAUAACAAAAAUAAAUAAAUCGAAAUGAAACCA